CUUUCCCCAGAGCAGUAGCAACGUUUUCGUGUAACCGGUAUCCGGACCUUUCGGUGUGUCUGAGUGAGUGUGUGUGAGUGAGUGUGUGUGUGUGUGUGUCUCAGAGAGCGCAGUGUAUAUGUAACGUGUGUUUUAGAAGUUUUGGACAUAAUGUUUAGUUUAAGUGGACUUUCGGUGGCUCUUGUUUUCGCUUUAGUGCCCAGCAGCAGUGAGGCUCUAAAAGACGGAGAGUGUGAAGUAUGUUUAAGCUUCCUGGGGAAGUUUUACCAGUCACUAAAAGACCAUGACGUACAGUUUACCAGCGACGCCAUCGAAAAAGCUCUGGUGAAAGCCUGCAAGGACGCGAAAGGAAAAGAAAACCGAUUUUGCUACUAUAUCGGAGCAACAAGUGAUGCUGCUACAAAAAUCACUAACGAGGUCUCGAAACCAUUGAGUUACCACAUGCCGGUGGAGAAGGUGUGUGAAAAGCUCAAGAAAAAAGACAGCCAGAUCUGUGAACUGAAGUACGAUAAACAAGUGGACUUGAGCACAGUGGACCUAAAAAAGCUGAAGGUGAAGGACCUGAAGAAGAUUCUGGAUGAAUGGGGCGAGUCGUGUAAGGGCUGCGCAGAGAAAUCGGAUUUCAUCCGUAAAAUCACCGAGCUCAUGCCCAAGUACGCACCGAACGCAGCCAAGGCACGGACAGACCUGUAAACUCUCUGUGGACUUGUGGGACCAAAGGAGUGGUUAAGGGCAUCAUGGGUGUGAUCAUGGAUAUUUUUUUUCUUUUUUUUUUUCUUUUGAUGCCUCCUGAUGGGGAGCGUGGAUUUGUUUGUCAUAUUGCCUGUUAAUCUAGUGGUAAAAGUGAGGACCUUUCAUCCAUCCAUUAUUUUAAGUACACUGUACUGUAAAUAUUACUGUUUCAACCCGAAGUUCGUAUAUAUAGAAUACCUUAAUAUAACAGCAAUGCCACUAAAUAGCAAACAGUUUGAUUACAUAAAUGUGUCAAAUGCUAACAUGGACAUGACUGACUCAACUGUUUUUAGCUAUCUAAUAAAAGGAUUCAUCUGUAUACCAAAUGAGACCAAGGCUUACCAACCCCCCCCCCCCCCCCAAAAGUUCACACAUACAUGUACUUCAGGUUUACAGUGUUAACGAUAAAUAUAUAUCUUCAACAAUAACGCAAACAUCAGCUAAACUUGGAGUUGAAACAGAAUACAGGAAAUGUUUAUACCUAGACAUGAUUGGAUAAGAUCACAAACCACUGUCACCCUGUAGUUCACCUCUAGUUUCUUUUCAAAUUAAAUAUUAAAUAGGGUUUUUUUUUGUUUUUUUUGACUAUUAUAUUGGAAGAGGAUGUGGGAGAAUCCAAACCGAUUCAAGUCAAGUUGACGUCACUGUAAAACAUGUUUAUUAACGUUGUACUAUACUUUUUCAUUAAAAGAAGAAAAUGGC